AGUCUGCAGCUUGCAGAGACUUGCAUCGAUCGUUUAAAAAGGUUUCAAACUAUUUGACUGCGACACUUUAUAAAAGAUUUAAUAUAAUAAUCUUUAGAACAUAAUAUAACGCAACAACUGCAUUUUUGUUAUUUUAAUUUAUUUUUAAUAGCAAGAUAUUUGUGAUGUUGUCGGUUUUGAAAUCGCCGAGAUUAAGACAGUAUGCCGUUAUUUUAUUAGUUAACCUAAGCGUGCUUACAACUGGUAUGAACUUGGGAUGGCCGUCCCCAAUGAUUGUAAAGCUAAGAAAUGCCACGGAGACGCCUCUAUACCGCCCUAUUACCGAGGAGGAGGGAUCCUGGAUUGUGUCUGUGGGAUUCUUAUGCAGUGUUUUCACAAAUAUCCCGCUAGGGAUGUUACUGGACUGCAUAGGCAGAAAAUACUGCGUGAUACUUACAUGCGUGCCGAAGAUAAUCGUAAGCAUCCUCUUCAUCUUCGCUACAGAUGUGUGGAUGCUGGUACUGGGCCGUGCCUUUAUUGGUAUAGCGGAUUUCUUUCUAUUUUCCGUGGUCUCUGUUUACGCUUCGGAAAUCGCAAGUAAGGACAUGCGAGGCAUUCUUUGUACCUUCCAGCAAGUUUUUUCAUCACUGGGCAUAGUCAUAUCUUUGUCGGUUGGACCGUUCACAUCAUAUAGAACUUUUAGUAUAGUGUUUGCUGCAAUAAUCUUGAUCACAAGUAUUCCGCUGCUCUUCUUGCCUGAUAGCCCGUACUUUUUGUACUCGAAAGGAAAAAACAACAAAGCAAUGGAAGUGCUAAAGUUACUUCGAGGCACAGAUCAAGCUGCCAAAGAAGAAAUUGCAGUGUAUGCGAUAUCGAUGAACAAUGAAAAAGUCGAUAAAAUGAAACUAUUGAAGAAUCGCCUUGUACUAAAGUCUAUCGGAAUAUCAAUAGUAUUCUGCGCGGGAUCGCAGCUUAUUGGUUUCAACGCUGUAUCUUUUUAUUUGCAAACGAUUUUAAUAUCGACCAAAACGAAUGUUAUGCCAGAGUUAGCGUCGGUGAUAAUAGGGUUGAUACAGCUUUUUGCGAGUUUCUGCACGACUCUUGUAACUGAGAGGUUUAACAGAAAACAUAUAUUGAUUCCAUCGCUUAUAGGCAUGCUGAUUGGAAUGGUUGGACUUGGCAUAUUUUUUAAAAUAAGAGAGAACACACAAGAAGUGUCCGGCUUCAUGAAUUACUUGCCUCUAAUAUCGCUGAUUCUCGUCGUCUACUGCUACAGUGCAGGAAUGGGUUCUAUUAUAUGGGUAAUAAUCGCAGAAUUAUUCGAAGGACCCGCAAGAGCGGUCGGCGUUACAACCAGCUUUAUAAUCACCGCGUUCUUUAUAUUCCUCACCACAAAAUAUUUCGCCGCACUCACGCUUGAUAUUGGACCAGCGAUCACGUACUGGUUGUUCAGUGGUGCUUGUGCAAUUGUCUGUUUGUUUAUUUAUUGUUGUGUUCCCGAGACUAAGGGUAAAAGUUUUAGUGAGAUACAGGAGGCUUUAGGUGAUAGAGAGGCGAAUGACAAGGUGAAAGAAAGUUUAUCCUAAAUAUCAAUUACGUUUUUAGAAUGAAUUGUUCUUUACGUUUUGUUAUUGUGAUAGUUUUGUGCUAAGGUUCCUAAUUUGCGCUGAUAUGCAUUUUAUUUAAUUUAUUUAAUAAGCAAAAUGUUAUAACUAGGUACGCAAAAAGAAAUUAUGCGUAAACGCGGGUCUUGAGAGAGCUAUAUGAAAUUCUUCAAUCUUCUUAAGAGCUUACAUUAGUAGCACUCGAAUGCAAGUGUUUGAACAUAACUAUUUCAUAUAUAAGAAUCGUGCUUAAGCGAUUGUUAAUAUUGGGUCGGGGAAAAAGUUUUUCGUAUUUGAUAUAUACAAAUUCAAGAUUUUUUUUUGUCAAAGUUUAAUUACAUUUAAUUAUAAUAUAUGUGCCAUUUUGUUCCAUAACUUGUUACCAUAUUGAAGGUAGUGACAUAAUCUCGUUGCUGUAGAAAUUUUGGAAUUCUUGAUCAAAAAAUGCGACAAAUAGUUUUGACAGUAGUCUGUUGAUGUUAACCUAACACUACCCAAAGAAUUCUGAAGAGACAGAAACAUGUGAAAAUCUGGUGGAUGCAUUAAUACUUCCCAACCAAGCUCUCUCAAUUUUUAAUGAGUGGCCAAAUAUAUGUGUGAUCUGGCGUUAUCAUGACGACAGACCACUGCUAUUCUGUUAAUCAAUUCUGGCAGUUUUUCAUCAAUUCCUUCAUUGAGUCUCCUUAGUUGGUGGCAGUAGAGAUUUUAAUCGAUGGUUUUGCUCGGCGGUAAAAGCUGAUACUAAACGGUGCCCUUCCAAUCCCACCAUACACACAGCAUCACCUUAUUGCGUGUUAAUUCGGGUUUCGCUACAGUCUUUACAGCUUGACUACUCUUUGAAUAUGAUCUGUUUCGCACGUUAUUGCCAUAGGUAUCCACUUUUUAUCACCAGUGAUCAAUCUUUUCAUAAACGGUUCGGUUUCAUUACUUUUCAAUAGAAUCGCAAAUGAGUACACGAUUCCAUUAUGUUUCUCACAGUGAGCUCGUGUGGUACCCAAACAUCGCGCUUUUUUGUAUAACCAGACUUUAUCAAAUGGGUCAAAACUGUGAAGUGGUCAACCCUUAAUUCUUUGGCUAUGCCGUAACUAGUAAUAUGCCGAUCUUGCUCCUCUUUAUCAAAAAUUGUAUCGACUUUAUCCGUAUGAGAGCGACCAGAGCAAGCUGCAUCUUUGACAUCAAAAUUCCCGAACUGAAAACGCUUGAACUAACUUUGUGCUGCUUUUACUGACACUGCAUUAGAUCCAUAAACGUAUUCCAAUUUUUUUUUCGCGACAGGAGUAGCAUUUUUCCUUUUUUGUAAUAAAAUUUCAGAAUGUAUUGAAUUUCUUCGUUAGAUUCAUUCAUUUUGGCGGACAGAAAAACAAUUGAAAAAUGGAGGGAAAGUGUUUUACUUUUUAUUUUUAUUUUUCUUAAUGUAUUAGAAAAUUAAAUUUAUAUUAAAUUGAGCCAGAUACGAAUAGUACAACUAAAGAGAUUUUUCUUCAAUUUUAUACAAACAAAAUACGAAGAAACUUUUUUCCUGACUUAUUACCAAAAUCUUCGUAAAUAUUUAAAUGUCUGUGCAAAAAGGCUAACGUUUUUAAUAACUAGUAAAAGUAUUCAUUAAUUUUUUAGUUUUCCUGCUGUAUUUCACUUUCAACUGCACAUUACUUAAUAUACAGAUCUAUUUUGUAAUAACCGGCCAAAGUUGCAGAAAAGGUUCAGAAUAAUUAAUAUAGACAAAUGGUGAAAAAAUCUUUCAUUAAAAUAUCUCAAAAAUUCUGUCCUUUUUAUCUUUUAAAUUAGAAAUACGUGGUAAUGUAUUAUGUUAACUGAUUGUCAUUCAUAAAUAUCUAUUUUACUACGUACGCAUACAUUCGUGAGGGUCGAUCGGUCAGUAAAACGUUUUGAAUUGAAUCGCACACGGAGGAGCGCGCUUACGUUUAAUUGCUGCCCAUAAAUCACAUUAAAUUUGCGAUAGUUGCAAAUAAAAGUAGAAGCCUUAUUUACUAGUAUUUUCAAAAACAGUAAUAACGGUAUAUCAUUAUUUAUAUUAUAUUUAAACGUAACUUUAAAAUUUGGCUACUCUUUGAAAAAUAACCCUGUAUAAAUUUGCAAAAUAUUAAAUUAACGCUUUUCCUUGAAAAAGAAAAAAAAAACUCCGCUAUUAACUCUAUUAUUAAGGCAUAUUUGAAAUCAUACAGAAUUCACAGCUCAUUCAGUCAAUCAUUCAGUAAAUAUUUAUUGGUAACAUUUUAAUUCUUUGGCGACUAUCUCUACUCUGUGAGACUUUUUGACCACAGACUAUUACAAUUUUGAUCUAUAAUGAUAAAUAGGUAGAGUCUAAAAAUUGCAAUCACCUAAACCUAAUAUACUUGAAUUAUCGAUUAAUUAAAGAAUUUUGUAAUAUAUAAUUUAAUAAAGUUCUGGAUCAUUUGUAUCCAAUUAGUAAAAAUAUGUAAUGUAAUCUACAGAAUUAUUACUGUAGGUGUGGUAAGUAAUACAUUUUGCCAAAUAAAGUGCUUACAUAGUUCUCUCAUUGCAACGCAUUUUAUUGACAGGAUUUAUAAAUAAUAUAUUGAAUCUUAUAUUAUUUGAAAGUUUUUUUUUUUUAUAAAACGUAGUGAUUUAAAAUUCUUUUGGUUUUUAUUUUUAAGCGUAACAAAUAAUGUUUACGCGAACACCAUACUACAAAAUAGUUUUAUGGAUUUAGUCGCGUUUAUUUUUCAUCACAUAACAAAAGCCAGGAUUUUAAUCACAGAGAACUUUUUAUGCAGUUGAAAUUAUAAUAUUAAUUUAAAAAAAAACUUCAGACAAUAUUAAAAAUAAUGCGCAAAAUGCUUUGAAAAUAUUUUCAUUAAAUUAAAUAGGUAUAAACUUUCUUACAAAAGGUUACGUAAAAAAUUGCUAAAUAUAAAUUUUGUAACAUACAAUUUCUGUAACAGUUUUUCGAUUAUAUUGAAUUUACUUGCUUAUAGGUAUUUUGUAACUAUUAAAGUCAUAUUUCGCAUUGAAUUUUGCUUUGUAUAUUGUACUACGUAGCUACUAGAAAGAAUGCAAAGACUUGGUUGUUUGCAACACGAGUUACUUAGUCUGUGCCAUGAAAUGCUUCUCUGUGGUUCCUUUCAACAACGCCCCGUACUGCCGCACACAUUGUGUUCAUGAUCUCUGUUCUAGUACGUAGUACAUCUUAGUUAAAUUAUUUCACGACAACAUAUUGAGAUUCAAAAUGCAAUAAAUUAUUUGUGGUCG